AUGUCAGAACUUCGCCAGCGGCAGCCCGCCUCGGCAACCAAGCGCAAAGAAACCACGCCACCGCGACCGCAAGACACCGAAGACCAUGGCAUCAGCGUCCUAGACAUAAUCCGCGUCCUCGCCACACUGAUCCUCGCAACGCUCGGCACAUCCUACUACAUGACAAAUGGCGAGUCAUUGCUCUUCGGAUAUCGACCAUGGUAUACACGAUGGCCAGUCGUGAAGCAGUACAUUAGCGGUCCUGUCAUGCUUACACCUGCACAACUCUCCCUCUACGAUGGGAGCGACGAGUCUCUACCCAUCUACGUAGCCGUUAAUGGCUCUAUCUUCGAUGUCUCUGCGAACCCCGCCAUGUACGGUCCUGGUGGAGGAUACCAUUUCUUUGCGGGCCGAGAUGCUACGCGCGCCUUUGUGACGGGGUGUUUCAAGGAUGAUCUGACGCCGGAUCUGAGUGGUGUUGAGGAGAUGUUCAUGCCUAUUGAGGAUGUGGAGGAGCAGUUAACUUCUGCAGAGAGGAAAGUGCGGCGGGAACGGGAGAUGAGGCAUGCGAAGGCGCAGAUUGCGAAGACAGUUGCGCGGUGGGAGAGGUUCUUUGGGAAUUCUAAGAAAUAUUUCCUGGCGGGGAAGGUGAUUGGGGUUCAAAGGGAGGCGGAGGAUGGGAAGCGGGUGCUUUGUGGUGCGGCGCAGAAUCAAAGACCGAAAAGGAGUGAGAUGGAUGGGGCUGUUUAG